CGUCCCCCGAGGUCCCUGUCUGGGAUGUCUCCAACUUCUCCCUGGUGGAUGGACAGCUGGUGCUGAUGGCCAGGGACGAGGAGGUUUUGUACAAGAGCCGGAACAGAACUGGCAGCUCCAUUUCGGAGACCAACGCUCAUCCGUCCCUGGGCUGCAGGAGGGACACCGAUCUCUCCUCCGAGGGGAAGAGCUCGCCCAGCCCCCGGGCCCCGGGAAGAGGCCCUGAGAACGACGUGUCAACCAGCUCCCAGUUCAGUAACGUGAAGGGGCUGAUAUGGAAGAGGCUAAGAGAACGGAAGGGCCGGACUGCAUCCAAGCCCGACUCCACAACAGCGCCCCUUACGGACGGCGACAGGCUGCCGAGCCGCCAUGGCUCCCGUGAGUCCCUGCUGCCUGCACCAAGUGCAGCUGAGCUGGAUCUGAGUGGCGAGGACGUAGUGAUCCGCCCGCUGCACAGCAGCAUUCUGGGAGAGAAGUUCUGCUUCCAGAUAAUCAAUGCUGAGGGGAGCCGCUGUUUCGGCUGCACAUCGGUGGCUGAGCGGGACCGGUGGAUUGAGAACUUACGCAGAACCGUGCAGCCCAACAAGGACAACUGCGAGCGUGUGGAGAACACCCUUAGCCUCUGGGUGUACGAGGCCCGAGACCUGCCCCCCAAGAAGCGCUUCUUCUGCCAGCUGCACCUGGAUGGCGCCCUGUACGCCCGCACUACGGCCAAGUCAGCGGGUGCGGACGGGGCCCUCUUCUGGGGCGAGCUCUUCGAGCUGGCCACGCUGCCUGCAGCACGGGAGCUGCACAUCAGCGUGCUGCGGGAGGAAGAGGGGCGGCGGCGGGAGGCCAGUCCCCUGGGCACCGUGACCAUCCCACUGGGGGAGCUGGCCGCCUCGCGCCAGCCCUUGGAGAAAUGGUACCCUCUGUGUGGAGCUGCCCCCAGCCGGGCACCUUCUCUGCGGCUGCGUGGACGCUACCAGGAGAUCCAGGUGCUGCCCAUCGUGAGCUACAAAGAGUUCGCCGAGUAUAUCACCUUCCACUACCGAGAGCUGUGUGCCGGGCUGGAGCCUGCUAUUGCUGUGCGCCACAAAGAAGAACUUGCCAGCGCCCUGGUGCAUGUGCUGCAGAGCACGGGCAAAGCUAAGGCAUUUCUCAUCGACCUGGGGGUGGCGGAGCUGGACCGCUUCGAUGACAGAGAGGCACUGAUCUUCCGCGAGAACACACUGGCAACCAAGGCCAUCGACGAAUACAUGAAGCUGGUCGGGGGACAGUACCUGUUGGACACACUGGGGGAGGCUAUUGCCCAGUUGUACGAGUCGGAGGAUAGCUGUGAAGUUGACCCCAGCAAGUGUGCAGCCAAUGACCUGUCUGACAACCAGAACAACCUGCGGCAGGCGUGUGAGGAGGUCUUCCAGAGAAUCAUCAACUCCUGCGACGCCUUCCCAGCGGAGCUCAGCGAGAUCUUUGCAGCGUGGCAGGGGGAGUGCCUGGAGCGGGACAAGGAGGACAUUGGGCAGCGACUCAUCUCGGCCUCACUCUUCCUGCGCUUCCUGUGCCCAGCCAUCAUGUCCCCCAGCCUGUUUGGCCUCACCCAGGAGUACCCAGAUGAUGCCACCUCCCGCACCCUCACCCUGGUGGCAAAAGUCAUCCAGAACCUGGCCAAUUUUGCUACGUUCGGUGAGAAGGAGGCGUACAUGGGGUUCAUGAACGAAUUCCUGGAGCACAACUGGAGCCGCAUGAAGUUGUUCCUGCAGAGCGUGGCCAACCCUGACAGCAGUGCCCACCUGGUGGCUUACGACGGCUAUGUGGACCUGGCGCUGGAGCUCUCCACCCUGCAUUCGCUGCUCUGCGACAUUUUCACCGGCCUGGACCAGCGAACGAGGGAGCAGUUAGAGCCCCUGCCGACCAUCCUCAAUGCCAUCAAAGAGGGGACGCCAGUGCCUGUCUCCAUCAGACUUGGCCCCGGCAUGGACAGCCCUGGCGAGAAGCCAGGAUUCCUGCCCCCGAGGGAGCUGAGCAAGUACAGCCCCCUGAUCAAGAGCCACUCCAUGACCAACAUCCAGAAGGGCCGGGGGAAGGAGGACGAGCAGCACCUCCAGCAGCUGCCCGCCUCCCCACGCCAGGCCUGGGAGAGGAGGAAGGUGCAGCGCACCCAGAGUGUGCCAGCCCAGAGCAAGGCCGGACGCAGGCUGCAGAAGCAAAGCAGCAUGGAGCACGUGGUGGAGUCCCAGGGAGAAGAGAGUCACGAUGGGAGCCCUCGCCCCUCUACCUCCCGCCCACGGGAUGGCCGAGCCCACCCGGGGCGAUCCAAUCUCCGCCAAUCUGCCUCCCUGCCCCGGAAAUCCACGGUGCCCUGGCAGCGCCACGCUGAGGAAGUGGCCAAGGCGCAGACUGAGAUGUAUGCCAUGCGGCCGCUGGAGAAGCAUGGGAAGCAAAUUGAGGAGCUGAGGAAGGAGCUGGCCGAGUCCAGGGAGAAGCAGAGGCUCUUUGAGCGCCAGCUGGAAAUGCUGGUCACCCAGAACCAGACACUGCUGGAGGAGCAGGCCAAGAGCCAGGGGCAGGAGGAGAGACUCCGGAGGCAGCUGGAGCAGCUGGAAACCCACCUGGCAAACCUCAGCACCAGGGUGGCGGCAGCAGAGGGCAGCCGGAGGAAGGACCAGGAGAAGCUGAAGGCCAGCGAGGAGAGGACGAAGCGUCUGGAGCGCCGCCUGUCAGCCCUGGAGCUGGAACACGCCGAGCUGCUCUGUGCCAUCAGCCAGCGGCAGGGACUCCAGGACAAGCCACCCAACUCACUGCUGAUGCCAGUGCCACAGGACGGGGCCGAGGACUGGCAGGAGGUUUAGCCAGCUUGGUGGGCCCAGACGGCCAGCCCCUGGGCCCUGCGUGGGACGCACCCCACCCCAGCAGCUACCACCCGCUUUGGAUACCCUGCCAGCCAGACCUUGUCUCUAGAAAGUUGUCACAGACCGAAGCCCGGCAGCCCCUUUCCUGGUAUGAGUCCAGCCUGGCAGGGUCCCGAGUCUGCCAGGGAUGUUGUUCCAGAUAAUGGAGUCGCAGGGAGCUGCAGGCUGCUGCUGUGAAUCCCCUGCAGCUCUCCACUCCCCAGGAGUGGUGGAGAGUGAUGGGAUUUGUGAGAGGCCCUCUCUCAGCCCAGCUGGGGUUCCCCUCCCUAUCCCUGCAUCCAAAGGGUCCCCAGGUGCUUCCUUCUGAACCCCCCCCCCCCCACACACACUCCCGAUGCCUUGCUGCCCCCUCCAUCGUACCCAUGCUGCCAGUAGUGGAACGUGGCCCCAACAUGCCCAAGCUUCCCUGGGGCUCUGGCUGCUACAUAGCACCAGGGCCACUGCCCAGUGACUGCUGAGAGGCCCAGCCCUGGGCCAGGGGGCUGACUAGAAGGGAUGCCCCCGGACCAGUAUUCAGGCCUCAUUUGGCUCUUGGGGGAUUCAGGGAUGGGCUGCCACAGUGAGCUUGUCUCCGGGUUCGUGCUUGGGCCACGACUCCCUGCAGAGCCAGAAAUGCAGUGGCGGCUUUGUCAAAACCUUCCUUGUCUCUGAGGGUCCUGGCUGCAGGGUGCUGCCUUUUGUGACGAGCAUGUGGGUUGGAGCCCGGAGCACUCACCACACGGGACCAGACAAGCCAGGGCCCAAGGAUUCAGAGGGAAGCAUGACAGGCACCAAGCUCCGAGAGCCUCUUGCCACAGGGCCAGGUUUCAGAAAAGCCCAGCUCCUAUUGAGAGCAAUGGAGAACCUCCCAGCCCUGCUGUUCAUGCACACACACAUACACACGUGCACAAGCACACACAGGAACAACACACAUGUAUGUGCGCGCACACACAUGGCACAAGCUGUGCACACACAUGUGCGGCUCGCAUUGUUCUCAGUGGGUGCUGCUGGGGGCCGAGCACUUCUGCGAGUCUCUCCCUGCGCCCCAGAGCGCUCACACAGACACCUUCCAAGGCAUGCAGGGCUGAGGCCCCGUCACAGCUGGCACCCAGCGUGUGUGCAGUGCACACCUGGGAGGGCACGGCAGGGCUGGCUGUCAUUUGCAAAGGUUUAUCAUUUGCUGAAUUCCAAGCCAGCUUCCCCCAGGUCCCCAGGUCCCCUGCUCACUGGGGCCAUUCCCAGCUCUGUCCCGCACCACUGGGACCCUGGCACUGGGCAAAAUGAGAAUAAUGGGGAUAUUGGAGGUGGGAGUGAGCUCUUCUCGUCCUCCAAAAUGGGUGACCUGACUUGGCCCAAACUCCAGACUGGUUCCCUGUCCCCUGCAGGCUGGGUCUGGGGCAGGCCAGCUGGGAAGGGUCAUCGAAUUCAGGGAGUUAGGCUCUGACUACACUACGCACCUCUUAGCAACAUAGCUUUUGCCACUAAAAGGCACACAGCGUAGCUGCUCUUUGUCGACAGGAGAGAGCUCUCCCACCGACAAAAAACGUCCACCCCAACGAGCGGUGGUAGCUCAGUGGUAGCUCUGUCGGCAGGAGAGAGCUCUUCCACUGACAAAAUACUUCCACCCCAACGAGCGGCGGUAGCUCUGUCAGCAGGAGAGCGCUUUUUGUCAGUAAAACUUGUGUCGUUCGGGGGAGGGGAGUGUUUUUUUCACACCCCCGAAUGACAAAGGUUUUACUGACGAAAGUCCAGUGUAGACAAAGCCUUAGAAUGAAAACCACUCCGUCUCAGAGCUACAGAUGGCUUCUGCUCCCAUGACAGUCCAGCAACACACAGACAGAGCCAGCUCGCCCCUCAGCCCCUAGGAGCCAGCCUGUCUGCAGGGGCUGGCCUGUGCAUUUGCAGUGGAAUGAUAGUCAGGGUCUUGGGGUGACUCCUUCUGCAGCCUGUCUCCCCAGUGGCGGAUUAACAAAUUUGCCGCCCCUAGGCCCUGAAAAAAUUGCCCCCGCCCUCCCCGCGCGCCAGCUCACCUCUGCUCCCCCGCAGCAAGCUGAGUAGGGAGAAGGGGCUUUGCGGCACGCUCGGGGGAUGGCGGCAGUGGAGCGGAGGUAAGAUGGGGUGGGGAGUGGUUCCCUGCCCCACCCCCAAGGGUUACUCCCCGCGCCCGCCGGCCCCAGCUCACCUCCGCUCCGCCUCCUCCUCUGAGCGCGCCGCUACUCGCUUCUCCUCCUUCCCUCCCAGCACUUUCGCGCAGCAAGCUGCGGAGGGAGGUGGAAGGAGGAAAGCGUGGCGUGCCUGGGGGGGAGGCGGGCCGGGGAUUUGGGGAAGGGGCGGAGUUGGGGGGAGUGAGCAAAUUUGCCGCCCCCGCAAAUUUGCCACCCUAGGCCUAGGCCUUGGCCUAGGCGAUAAUACACCGCUGUGUCUCCCCAAUGUUUCCUAGCACCUGUAGGAGUUGCCUUCCUGAGGACAGGUGCAUUCUGGUCCUGGAGGGGCCCGGCCAGGCUCAUGACUGCAGGGAGGGGAAGCCGCAGCAUGGAGCCAGGUGGGAGAGGGAGGGGUGAGCAGUUGGGAGGGAGGAAAGCGGGAGGGAACCUGUCUCCACUGCUCUGAGGGCAAGUGACUAGGACCCAGCUUAGUAGUGUAGAUCAGGGCUCACUUCCAUUGGCUUCAACAGGAGCUAGGUACCUGAAUCGCAUUGAGGAGCUGAACCUAGAUGCCUCUAGGCUUUUGGGUUAACAGAGGGGGCUGGAGCGGCACCACUUAGGGACACACACACACACACCCUGUCCCCAGCUCCGUGGGAUACAGUUCAGCUGCUGUGACACCAACACAAACUCUUGUGAGAUCCCAGCAGCUGUCACCGUGCAAGGGAAGGGCCGUGGCACACAGAUGUGCCAACCCCCCUCCCCCCCAGGCUGUGUUGGAUGAAUAACGUCAGCCCAGCAUGGAUCCCGAGGAAAGGGACCCAGGAAUCUGAGGUUCUGGUUUGGACCCAUCACCCAGGGAUCCAGGCCCCUCUGGGGCAGGGCAGGGCUGGCAUCCCUGGUGCACAGAGCGGGCCAUCCUUCCUCUCUGUCUCUCCUACCCGCCAUGUCCUGUCCCAAAGGCCAGCUUAGUAGAGCAAAUUCCCUGGUGGUUCAGGGCAGGGGGAGGGCAGCCCCUGCAGGGAGCUAAGGGGGGUGGGUGGGGAUGAUGCAGAGACCUGCAGCCCCAGGAUGUCCCACUUUCAGGGCGGUCGCUGCUGUGAAGACACAGACAAAGGGCUCCUCCUGUGUUCUUCUACAUGGCAGCCAGCAGCCCUGGUGUCCAUGUGGGGGGAGGGAGGGGAAGGGGAGAGGUCUACAGGCAUAUUUCCAUUCGAAUCCCCUUAGCUCUGACCUGCCUGCACUUCCUGGCCUUGGGCCAAGAUUUUCCCAAGUGCCUUGUGGGGCUGGCUGGCUCCCCAACUUGGGCCCUGUAAGGGGCCUGGUUUGCAGGACUCAGGCAGCAUCCGCUGGAGCAGCCGGACUGGCUAAGCAAGUCAGCCAUUGGGGGUGUGCCCAGAGGGAGGAUAUUUUGUUUUACAGUGUGAGACUGGAGGAUGAGGAGGAUGGGGGUGGGGACCUUGUAGGCCUCCAGCCCCCUGUCGCCUUGGGCUUGAUCCAGCCCCACACUGGGGCAGGGGUCGAUCUCUGGCUGGAAAGAGGCCUUCAGAGCCGUGGAGCAUCUAUCGGUUUGAUUUGAGAGCAGGGCAUCGUUGUGCCCAAUUGCUAUGCGCCAGGCUGGGGGGUGCCAGGUACCAGCCUUUGGCUGAGGCAAGGGCUCCACAGUGCGACUGCAGGGAAGUUUGCGGCACUGAUGUGCACCAAGGAGCAGGCCGGAGGGUGCCCUGUACUGAAGCGCCCCAGAGGAUCCACUGCUGGGGAUUCUCAUCCCCCCUUGGGCUGCGUCCCCUUCUCCCUCAUGGAGGGGCUCUUCCACGCACCCCCACACUCACAGAGAGUGCCCUCCUCCUGGGAAGGGCCCUUCCAACAACCCCACAUCACAGGGGGUGGCAAAGUCAGAAUUGUCUGGAAUAUUUUUAUGCCUCAGUUUCCCUCUGCACUUUAUGUUGCUACCCAGUGGUUGCAAAAGGGUUAAAAGGCUGCUCUUGGGGCAGAGCGGAGCCAUGAGGUGUUAGGUCAUGUGACGGUCUGGGGUGGAGUGAAGGGGUCCUUUCAGGCCAACCCAUGUCAAUGGAGGGUCUGGAAAGGCAAAGGGAGCCCCAACAAUUGACACCUACCCAUGAGCGGCUUGUGGGCAGAACAUGUGAACUCAGCAGGGAUCUGCAGCGGGGGACAAGAUCUGGCUUUGGGAGAGACACCAAGCUCUCACCAGGGACUGCCAGGGGGAGAGGACCAAAAGUGGAGUCCACGGCUGUUCGGCUGGGUGGCGCGCUGGCUUGGCCAGGAUGGACGGUGUCUUAGCCUUUGCUUCUCUGUGCUAACCUGGGGACUUCCCGGCCUGGUUUCAGCCGACUAAUA